AUGAUUCUUUUGGUGACCCUGAGCCCGGGGGCUGUUGGAAGCAAUGAAAAGGCUGCUGCGCCGUCGACGCUUGAUGAAAGGUUCAAGCAGCUGGCUCAGCAGCGGGAGAAGGCCAAAGCUGCGGGCCUCGCCAUCCGGCGAGCGGAGGCAGCAGACCGGGCCACGCAGGGCCGGUAUGACAAGCUGACAGCAAAACGGAAAGGGGCAGCAGGGGCGCCUGAAGAGCUAGGACACGCACCUGCUCCGAUUGAUGGUGGAGCGGUCAGGGGGGGCGGCAGCCGGGGGCGUGGAAGGGGCAGCCUGGGGCAGAAGGUGAUCCCGGUGCGUCGCAAGGACGGCGCCGCUGCUGUUGCUGCAGGCUUUGGGCUGGCACUGCCCAAGCGGCCCGGCCUGGCAGCCAGGAGGGGGGGAAAGACAGGCAUAGUGGUGGGCAGGGGAGGAGGGCGGGCAGCCAGGGGAGCAGCGGCUGUAGGCCGGGGGGGUGGAGGCAGGGGCAGGGGCGCAGUGCGCGGGAGGGGCAGGGGCCGGGGAAGAGGGGCGCCAGCGCCGUCAGCCGAGCAGCUGAACAGUGAUCUAGAUGCAUAUUUCUCAGAGGCAAAGAAAGAGUAGCUCAACUGAAUGUCAAUUUCCCAUGCGAAAUGAAAACGAAUUCAUUAGCUGGUGGUGGAAGUUCUUAGGACUCAGCACACUGGAUAGAAAGCAGCUUAGCUUCCACUCGGUUCUUCAGCCUGACAAGUAAUCCAGCGUCUUGUGUGUGCAUUGGGUUAAAGUAGUCCUGAUAGCGCUCUCCACCGGUGUCAGCUGGAGAGCAAGUUAUAUCGUUUCUUGGGGACCUUGUAUAUGUCUACCUUGUAUAUGUCUAGCAAGCCUGUCCUUCAACAUUGCAAUGAGGCUCGCCACACGGACUUGGCGGCGGA